UUACAUUCCGAUGACCUGAAUUUUCUGGAUUCCGACUAAUGUAUCCAUUGAAGACUAGUAGUAAUUUAUUUCGUGAAGUUUGGGAAUUUGGGAUUUUUGUUUCAUUAAACUAUCCUUUUGGUGAAUUAUUGCUUUUCACUCUCGAUUAGCACAGGCUUUUUCAGCAAACUCGUGUUGAUCAUAAGUGCAUUUUACUUCCGACUGUCCAAGUUAUCAUAUGCUUCCAAAUUAGUCUCUGUACUGAUAAUCUUUCGAUGCUUUGCUUUCUCGGAAGCUUGAUGCAUUUGAGGAAAACACGGCGCAUUUGGAAUUGGGAUGAAUGGAAGGGUGUCGAAGACAUGCUAAAACAUACUGAGGCGAAUAUUCAAAAGAAAGAGGAUUUAAAGGCAAAGCAUUCUCUGGAGAAGAAUACGAAGCUUGGGCGUCCAUCACUUGAUAAAAUUAAAAGUUCUACUGGGGUCAGAGGCAGGAAGCGGAAACAUGAAACUGUCAAAAAGGAGGAGAGUUUUGUUCCAUCAGAAAAACAUGUAAAUCUCCAAAUUCCAUCUAUUUUGAAGAAACAACUGGUUGACGAUCAUGAGUCUAUAACUCAUCUUGGCCAGCUAGUCAAACUUCCGCGCAAUCCUAGUGCAUGUGAGAUACUGAACAAGUAUUUGGAUUACCAGGUGAAGAAAGAUGGCAAGAUAGUGGAGACUGUUAAAGAGAUUGUAGAUGGACUGCGCUGUUACUUCGACAAAGCAUUACCUGCAAUGCUCCUCUACAAAGAAGAACGACAGCAGUACAAAGAAGUGAUUGCUGAUAAUGUCUCUCCUUCGGGUGUAUAUGGAGCUGAACAUUUGUUAAGACUCUUUGUUAAACUACCUGAGAUGCUCUCAUGUGUGCAUAUUGAAAUGGAGACACUGUCAGAGCUGCAGCAAAGAUUGCUGGAAUUCCUCAGCAGGUUCCUCCAGAGCAAUCAACGUGAGUUCUUCGACUCGAAUUAUGAGAAGGUGGAUGGCAUUGAUAAUGCGGUGAAGGACAAAGAAAAUUGAAGAAUGUGGACAGAGGUAAUAGCUGUUGUAAGGAAAGCAUGUGGGAUCUAAAGAUGCACACCUUGCUAUUUAUGUACCACCCUGUUGUAUAGCUCUCUAAUUGUUGCCUUCUAUUUUAAAUGAUUAUGUCUCUUGUCUAUCA